CUCACGCCGCGGGGCAGCGAGCCCCGGGCAGCCCCUGGCACUCACAGCCCCCGCGACCCUCCCAGCCAACCGCUGACGGCCAGCGCCAUGGAGUCGGUGGCUCUGUACAGCUUCCAGGCAACAGAGAGGGAUGAGCUGCCCUUUCGGAAAGGGGACACUCUGAAGAUCCUCAACAUGGAAGAUGACCAGAACUGGUACAAGGCUGAGCUGUACGGCUGUGAGGGCUUCGUCCCCAAAAACUACAUCAAGGUCAAGCCUCACCCGUGGUACGCCGGCAGGAUCUCCCGGCAGCUGGCAGAGGAGCGGCUCCUCAAGCGCAAGCACCUGGGAGCCUUCCUGAUCCGCGACAGCGAGAGUGCCCCGGGGGAGUUCUCCAUCUCUGUCAACUAUGGGCAGCACGUCCAGCACUUCAAGGUCCUCAGGGAGAGGAACGGCAAGUAUUUCCUCUGGGAGGAAAAGUUCAACUCCCUCAAUGAGCUGGUGGAUUUCUACAGGACGACCACCAUUGCCAAAAAGCAGCAGAUCUUCCUCCGUGACGAGGACCAGACCCAGGAGGUGAAGAGACCCAAAUUCGUGCAAGCCCAGUUCGACUUCCCUGCCCACGACGGCUCCCAGCUGCCCUUCCUCCGCGGGGACAUCAUCGAGGUCCUGGACUGCCCCGAUCCCAACUGGUGGCAGGGGAAGAUCUACGGGCGCGUCGGCCUCUUCCCCCGCAACUACGUGCAGCCCAUCCGCAAGUGAGCGGCUGCGGGCACGGGGAGGGCGAGGGGCGGCCCGCAGCCCCGCUGCCCCCUUGCCGGAGCUGCCCCGUGCCACAGCCGACGGUGCUCACCCCCAUGCCGGGCUGCACCGGGGCCCGGGGCCGCCUGGGCUGCGCUGCGGGUGGAGGCUGGCAGCGAUCCCCAUCCAUGGGCUGCCCCAAAAUAUCAGCCCCUGCUCCCCAGACCCCAGCCACCUCCCCAGCCAUGCCUCGCCUCUGGCCACACGUGGGCAGGCAGCGUGGCUCCCCAGGGAGGGGCCGCAGAGCAGCCAGCCAGGGCCAGGAAAGCUUUUCCAGAGCUACAAGCCAGUGGGGAGGCAGCAAGGGAGGGGAAGAGCACGUGUGCCCCACACCUUCACUCCAGUGCAGACCCUGAAGCCCGCCUGGAGGGCGCAGGGAGGGCUGCAGGGGCUUCAGGGCCGGGGAAGGCUGGGCUGGGGCUGCAGUCCUGCGGCUGCCGUGCAGAGCUGUACAUUGUGCUGCUUUUGUCUCAGGUUUUUUUGUAUUUAGAGCUAGUAAAAUGUGUUUGGGUGACA